CCCUWGUUGUUUUUUCAAUGAUUCAGUGUUAUAAUAAUACGUUUUUGAUCCAAAAACUGUUAUUUUUGCCCCCAACUCUCACACUCUAACUCUUGUUACUUCAAUGGUCGUAAAUGUCAUUUGAGUGACAUGUCGGGUGUAAAGUGUCAGAUUUUGUUGCGAAAAUUACCGAAAAAAACCCUCAAACUAUGUGUAGUGAUUUAGAUUCGGCUCUAUAAUGUCUAGUAAUAAUUUUGACGAGGUUUUAUUGUCUUUUCAAGACACACAAGACAGUACAAAACUCCUCAAGAUUCUCAUCGACGUACGAAAAAAGGUAGAUGGCGACUGUCCGAAAAACAAAGAGAAUAUUUGCAAAAUCCGCGAAAAGGGCUGUUUCAAGUACAUUGUUGCGUCACUCCAAACAUCCAAAAAGAGCAUAAUCAACGUUUCGUUGAGUAUUUUAGGGAAUUGUUGUCUGGACGCAAAAUGCGCUAGAGAUGUGAUAAUUCAAUAUGGGGCUUUGUCUAAUCUCAAUCAGCUCCUGAAACGGUUCCCGAAAGAUGAUAGUAUAAACGGUCGCGUUUUUCGUAUUAUUGGCAAUAUGUGUCAGCAUAGGGACCAAUGGGUUGGCACUAUAAUCGAUAAAAAACCCCAGAUUGUGAUACAUAUUGCCAAAUAUCUCAAAGAGUCGGUGGAGGAGGACAAUGGAAAAGUCUCAGAAGCCACCAUUAUUAUGGGGGUUCGAGCGUUAAGAGUGUUGGUGAAUCGGGAAACGCUCCAGUCWCUUGUUACUACMUAUGGGGUACUUAAAACWAUCGGAAUGUUGCUUAUYAAAUAUGGCGCCAUYUGGCAAGARACUAAAAAAGGYGAAAGCGUUCUUAUYAACAUAGUUAAAUUACUCCACGAGUACUCGCGGUAUCGCUUCUACCCCUCUAUCCAAGAAAUGAGGAGUACAGAUAAAGGGGACUCUAUUGUAUAUCUUAGCAAAAUUCUCUUAGUCGCCCCACGUCAAGUCGUCAAAAUUGUUAUGAAUUUCUURAAGAUYAGUCAAYUMAAGUCCGAUUUACCCGUUCCUGAGAUUUUYGAUAGCUUCAUUGAAUUGCURAGCGACGAUACGAUCAUUCAAGAAUUUAAUUCGACAUGUGAAGAGUGCAUUAAGUGUCUGUGCUACCUCUUAGAUCACCCGGGGAAUAGAGAGAAUGAAAGGUGUGGCGAUAGCAUUCCACUUUUAAUUAAUGUACUAAGUGGUCUCACCUUCCAGACGAACAAUAAAAUCGAGUGUAGCAUUUUAAUUAUAUCGACUUUAAAUAAAUGCAAGUAUAAUUUUGGGCUGAUCAUGGAUCAGCUUAAGUGUAAUGUUGUGGAAGUCUURAAUGAAAAGUUGAAAUUGAUAGUUGGGAGUGUUGAGCCGCUUAAUAUUAAUCAUAARAGUGACAAGAAACGGAAAAAUAAUUUUCUUGCCGAGUUUACAGAGAGCAAGAGGAGGAAACUAACUCUAGAUUUCGAUAAUGAAGAUGAAGAAAGUGUUAGUUGUGAUAGUGGUGAUGAUGUCGAUAAGUAUUAUUCAAGUGGUAUYAGAUAUGACUAUAGUCCGRCAUCWAGCAACGAAUCUGAGAUGGCCAUGUCUUGGACUUCAGGGUUGUCACCACCGUCGAGUCCUCGGUCCCGACUCUACGGUAUUUCUGAGUCCGAUUCGGACGACUAUUCGCCAGUGUGUAGCGAAGUCGACCCGUCAGAUUUUCCGUUACCGAAACUGGACGGUGAAGAGUCGCCAAACCCGGAACUUGAUUCAAAAAGUUCCGACAUUUCGGAAGAAACUGAAGAAAUUCAAAGUUUUGAUGUGGACUCAAGUAGCGUCAAACAAAUCAAAGGAAGACUCGUAUUAGAAAUAGUCGAUUUACUCAAAACCUACAUUAAAAUCAAACCACCAGUGACGCAAUUGGGAACCCCCGAAUUGCUCCUCGGACUGAUCAAAAGCACGGCCUACUUCCACUGGCCAUGCUCAUCCGCCAUUUUAGAUAUAGUUGACGUUAUUUACAAAAUAUUGGAGUCACACAAUUAUCUACUUCCUUUGAUGCAAAGUGACUUUAUUCCGGCUGUUUACGACAUGGCGAAAAUCCAACAUGGCUCCUGGUGCUCAAAAUGUCGCCAAUUUCAAUGGAUCAGCAGCUCGGUAAUCAGAAAAUUGUCACGGGUGGCCGARUCGGGCGGAGGCAAGGGCGACAUUGCMCAUAAACUGCUCCGCGGGGACAACGCCACUAAACAACAGUUGGUACUAGUGAUUCCCUACAUCAUCAGGAGUAAAGCAAUUCUGGUGAAGUUCAUGCUGAAUUGUGGCGGCCUGGAGGUGCUGAUGAAGCUGCUCAAGGACCAGUCKCAGUUCCAGAACAAGAGUAUCAAAGUCCUUUGUGUGYUAGCGUCGAAGAAGCUCGGGAUUCCCAACCCGAAGGACGUGUCUGGUAGUUACAAGAACGUGACGGGUGGCAGCACUGGCGAUACCUCAUCGGUGGUCACAUUUAAAUUGGACGAUGGGAGUUUACUGAGCGCUGAUCGGGGGUUAUUGAGCCGCAAUUCGGACUUUUUCGCCCGCCUUCUCAACGGCGAUUUCAAGGAGUCGGGUCAGGAGGUGAUCACGCUACCCAACGUGACGAGUAAAUCGUUGAGGUGUUUGCUGCAUUUGAUCAAGACUGACGUGGUGGAGAUUGACAUCGAUUUGAGUACUCAUUUGGACGUGAUUGGGCUUUGUGAUAGGUUUCUGAUGGAGGAGUAUAGGGGGUAUUUGAUGGAUUGUGUGGAGAAGUUCAGAUUGAGUCCUGAUACGAUUCCGACGAUUUACAACUGGUCGCUCGAAUCGGGGACCAAUCUCUUGAGGGUCGAGUGUAUAGCUUUCGCUCUUGUUGCCAACAUUAUAGACUCGGAGAGGUUUGAAAUGUUUAGGAAUUUGUUCGAUUUGGGGUACACUGAAGAACUGGUCGAGGAUAUACGCAAGUUGCUGGUGCGGUACUUGACUGUGAACCAAUCCCGUGACUGUAAAAAGCGCAAAAAAACUGUGAUAAAAAGAAAAGAUUCAUAGUAUUUAUUAAGUAGGAUUUUUUACUUGGCAGUUACCCAAGAGUUGACUAAUCCAACAAUAACUUACAAUAUGUACAACAAGAAAUUGUAAUUAAUAUACAAAUAUCCAAAUCAAUCUUUUGUUACAAAACAAUAAAUUAUUUAGAUAAUAAAUUAGAGCGCAAAUAA